CUCUAGGCCGCACACAGGGCAGCGUCCAACGCGCACACAGGGCGCGCUCCGCACACGUGAGAGUGCGAUGGUUUCCCCAGAUUCUACCCCCGGAUUCCAUGCGCCAAUCAGAUGUGCCUUGGGCAACCAUGGCCACGGGCCCUUUUCCAUGACUCUCGACCGGAUUCCUGGGAGCAUAUAAAGCAGGUCGAAAGUCCGUUUCCAUCGAACGUCCAUCACUACUACAACCGUCGAAUUGACUGUCUGUGUCUCCAAGAUGGCCCCGCGAACUGGCUCUGUGCCUGAGGAUCUCAAGAAAGAUUAUGUGGAGCACAUUGAGGGCAGAGGACCUGUCACACACGACGAGUACUCUCGCAAUGUCAACGCGAAAAUCAUCAACCCCUUGGGUGGCAUUGCAAAGCCGGAGCUCUUGAACCAAGUCUCUCGAUUCUGCGAAGCCUACGGCCUUCAAGACAAAGAAAGCACGUUCCAGAAAGGUGCCCUCGUCGCGCAGAACCCCGACUUCGAGAACGUCCCAGAAUUGGAUGAGGAUGACAAGUACCACCUUCGCCGCGAGAAUACGCACAAAUGGCACCUCACUAAGGAUCUAUAUUUCACGAUUGCGGUGUGUUCGCUCGGAUCCGCUAUACAGGGUUGGGACAACACCGGAGCCAACGGCGCGAAUCUCUCCUUUCCAUUGGAGUUUGGUAUUGAACACAACGAAUGGCUCACUGGCUUUAUAAACUCAGCCCCGACGAUUUUCGGUCUCUUCAGUGCAUGGGCAACUGAUCCUCUCAACAACUGGCUGGGCCGUCGUGGGGUAAUCUUUGGAACCGGCCUGUUCUGCGUCUUUCCAGUUCUUGCGCAAGCCUUCUCGCAGAACUGGUGGGGUCUUCUUAUCUGCCGCGCGUUCAUGGGCAUCGGAAUGGGGAUCAAGAUCUCGACUAUUCCCAUCAUGACUUCCGAGUGCGUACCAGCUAUUAUCCGCGGCGGCCUCGUAAUGAGCUUUCAGCUAUGGGUGGCCUUCGGUAUCUUCAUUGGUUUCUGCUCCAACCUCAUUUUCUACCGCAUCGGCCGCCUUGCAUGGCGUUUCCAGCUCGCUGCAGCUUUUGCGCCUGCCAUUCCGAUUCUAAUCUUCAUCUGGUUCUGCCCCGAAUCGCCCCGUUGGCUCCUCAAGAAAGGACGCAUUCAAGAAUCCUUCCACUCUUUCUGCCGCCUCCGCAACUCCGAAAUCCAAGCGGCUCGGGAUCUGUAUUACGCAUACUGUCAGGUCAGGGAAGAGGAGAGUGCGUUCGGAGGUGCUUCCUUCGCACGACGUGCUUACGAAGUGUUCACUGUGCCUCGACUGCGGCGUGCCACACUCGGUGGUUUUAUCGUAAUGACGGCACAGCAGUUCUCCGGUAUCAACAUCAUGGCAUUCUACUCGUCGACCAUCUUCGCAGAAGCUGGGUAUACUACGCGUCAGUGUCUGUUUGCGAGUUUCGGUUUUGGCUUGGUCAACUUCGUCUUUGCUUUCCCAGCCAUAUGGUCGAUCGACACCUUCGGCAGAAGAAACCUCCUUCUCUUCACCUUUCCUAACAUGGCCUGGUGUCUCCUUGCAGCAGGAGGCUGUUUCCUGAUGCCCGUGGAAUCCUCCGCUCGCGUACCACUCAUUGCCUUCUUCGUAUACCUCUUCACGGCAUUCUACUCGCCUGGAAUUGGGCCAGUGCCGUUCGUCUAUGCCGCUGAAUGCUUCCCUCUUUCCCACCGUGAGAUUGGUGUCGCCCUUUGCGUGGUCUGGAACAACACUAUUGGGAGUAUUCUGGGCUUGACAUUCCCAAGCAUGCUGAGGGGUAUCACCCCAACGGGUGCUUUCGGUUUCUACGCCGGUCUGAAUAUGCUGGCUUUCGUCGUCAUUUUCUUCGCGUUGCCGGAGACCAAGCAACGCACUCUUGAAGAAUUGGAUUACAUCUUUGGCGUUCCAACGCGUAGACACGCGGGCUACCAGGUCCGCACCUAUCUACCCUGGUGGACCAAGCGCUACGUGCUCUUCCAGAGGAAGGCGCACUUGGAGCCAUUGUAUCAUCUCGAAGGGUUUGAGGGAGGCACUCGGGUUGAGGCUGUUGCCGCGCAUUAGAGUGGGCUGCCAGACUGGGUGGGCGCGCCGCAGAAUGGUGUUGUGUUUCGAUGGCGGGGUUUUUGUAACUAGUCUUCUUCGUGGAGAAUCAGAUGUCACGACAAGAGUAUAUUAGAUGAAGCGCAGAA